UUUCAGCUGAGAUGGCGGCGGCGGCGUCACGUGAAGCCGGCGGAGGCCCUGGUAGCAUGGAGGCGGCGGAUGGGACACAGCAAGAGGAAGAGGUCGAGGAACAAUUAGUUGUGGUAGAAUUGUCUGGAAUAAUCGAUUCAGACUUUCUGGAAAAAUGUGAUAAUAAAUGCAAGAUUUUGGGGGUGGCAUAGAAUGGCUGGAUCUUAAGGACAAAGACUUCUCAUACAGCAGACCAAACAUGAUUUGCAAUUUCUUGUAUGAAAAAGAUGAUGAAACAGCUGAAUCCCAGGAUAAGCUGGCAGAAGAAUCUGAAGAAGAAGCCAGUGACCAAGGAAACAUGGAUUGGGAUUUGGAACCCGGGAUUACAGCUGACAUUGCAAAGGAUGACGCUGAACCUCUUUUGGAUACACCAGAUCCCAUCACAGAGAAUCCUUCCAUAGAGAACACUCAGAACAUGGCUUCAGAAGAGCCUCCACAUUGAUAUAAGUUGUUUGAUCGAGCAGCAGUCCCUUUAUAGGAUAAACUGACUGAUACCUGAUAUGUACAUUAGAAAGCCUCUGAAUUCGUAUGCAAAUUAUUUUGUGAAAGUUUUGUUAGGAUCACAUUCCUUUGGUGAUAUUGAUCUAAUACAUUUCCUAAGUUCUCUGUACCUCUUUGUUAAAGGAAUUGGAAAGUGGAAAGAGAGGCUUCUGUUGAACUUGGAAGCCCUUAUUUUGAUUACAGAUUCCCUUCUCUUGCCUUCUCCCAGUUAGUUCCUUUGCUUACUAUCUUGUCUGGUGAAGAAUUCUGAAGAACUCAAGUUUGUUUUCUAUUUUGUGAUUUUGAUAUAAUAAAAGAUGCAACUCUAA